AUGAAGAAAUCAUUGACUUCUAUAAGUACAUGUCUCCCAGACCUGAAGAAGAGAGAAUGCGGAUGGAAGUGGUGAACAGGAUAGAAAAUGUUAUAAAAGAGCUCUGGCCUAAUGCAGAUGUGCAGAUAUUUGGAAGUUUCAAAACUGGUUUAUAUUUACCUACAAGUGAUAUUGACUUAGUUGUGUUUGGAAAGUGGGAGACAUUACCUCUUUGGACCUUGGAAGAAGCCCUUAGAAAGCACAAUGUAGCAGAUGAAAACUCAGUAAAGGUUUUAGAUAAAGCAACUGUACCCAUUAUUAAACUCACAGAUUCCUUCACUGAAGUAAAAGUUGAUAUAAGCUUUAAUGUACAGAACGGGGUUAAAGCAGCCCAGCUCAUCAAAGAUUUUAUCAAGAAAUACCCUGUGUUACCAUAUCUAGUUUUAGUCCUGAAACAGUUCCUAUUGCAGAGGGACCUUAAUGAAGUAUUUACAGGUGGAAUUGGUUCUUACAGUCUUUUUCUAAUGGCUGUCAGCUUCCUUCAGCUGCAUCCCAGGGAAGAUGCCUGUAUGCCGAAUGCCAACUAUGGUGUUCUCUUAAUAGAGUUUUUUGAAUUAUAUGGACGUCACUUCAAUUAUCUGAAGACUGGAAUCCGAAUAAAGGAUGGUGGCUCUUAUGUUGCCAAGGAUGAAGUGCAAAAAAGCAUGCUGGAUGGCUACAGGCCAUCAAUGCUGUAUAUUGAAGAUCCAUUACAGCCAGGUAAUGAUGUUGGGAGGAGUUCCUAUGGUGCCAUGCAAGUGAAACAGGCUUUUGAUUAUGCCUAUGUUGUUUUGAGCCAUGCAGUUUCCCCAAUAGCUAAAUAUUAUCCUAACAACGAAACAGAAAGUAUUUUGGGUAGAAUAAUCAGAGUAACGCAAGAGGUGGCCACAUACAGAGACUGGAUAUCAAAGCAAUGGGGAAUGCAAAGUAGGACAGAGUCUUCAUGUAACGGUAAUGGAGUAACCUUGAUAGUAGAUACUCAGCAGCUAGACAAAUGCAACAAUAAUCUUGCUGAAGAGAAUGAAGCACUGUCAAAACCUAGAAAUAAAACUUCAGAAACACUUAGUAAACAUUCUUCAAAUUCUUCGUCAGGUCCUUUAUCAUCCUCAUCCUCUACGUUGUCCAGCUCUAGUGAUGUAGAUUCUGAUGGAACACCUUGCAAAACCUCUAAACAGUUGGGCUGUCGCCAGUCUACCACAAACAGAGUGGGGUCACAGGAAGCGUCACUGGAAUCCUCCCAGUCAAGUGGGAAAACACAAAGUAGCCAAACAGCCAGUACUUCCAGCAACACUAACAAAUCUCAGCAUGGAUCUGCACGGUUAUUUCGCUCUUCUAACAAAGGCUUCCAAGGUCCAACAAACUCAAGCCACAGUACCUCAGUCACAAACAAACAACAUCAAGGCAGCAAAUCGCACCAUCAGUUCUUCCACGGCAAAAAGAGGAAACACAAGAGGGAUGCGGCCCUUUCAGACCUUUGUAGAUAGUUGCCUAUUUUAUGACUGUUCUUCUGUGUGCAAUGAUCUCAUGCUACAGGAUAGUUUGAUAGUGACUCCUUGGAUCUCUUCCAGAGCUUCAGACUGUUCAGACAUUGAUUAGCAACUGCAUUUUUUUUUCCCAGCUCGCCACGGAACGGAUCAUGAAGAUUGAUCACUGCAAAAAA